AUGAAAUUAUAUUUUAUAUAUUCUGUAUUUUGUAUAUUAUCAUUAUCAAAACUAGUUUCAAGUUCAGGGGAUAACCUAUCUUCUGCAAGCUUAUAUAAUGAAAAUUCAAUAAGUGAAGAAGAGUUCAAAUGCCACAAUUAUCAAGAUGCAUACUUUAUAUAUGAUACAUUUUAUAUAGGUUCAAAUAAUGAAAACAAUGGAAAUAAACUACAAGAAAUAGAAGUAAAUAAAUGUAUAGAAAAUAGUAAAAAGCCAGGGGAAUAUAUUUCAAUUAAUCAAUUUAAAAAACCAAAUCAUUACUAUAUAUUAUUAAGUAACUUUGACAAUUGUACAGAGCCAUAUGAAUUUGACUUUUUAAACUGCUCCCCAUUCGACCUAUUAGAUGUAAAUCAAGAAAGACCUAAUACUGAAAGUGAUGGAUCACAAUUUGUAUUUAAAUAUGGAAUUAGCAAUAAAGAAGUAUUAGCAGUAGAACAAACCAAACAAAAACUAUCAAAAUGUUCAGAAUUACCAAUACAACCAGAUGACCUUUUCCUACCUUUUUAUAUACCAUUUAACGAUACUGAAAGUGAAGAGUUAUGGUAG